ACUCAGAUGAAAAAGUGAAAGAAAGCUGCAACGAGCAUCACUUUGUCGCAAACCCUCACUUUCAUUCUUUCUUCACCUGCGACCAUGGCGGACAUACCAACUAUUAUGCCAGAUGUGAAGAAGCUGGGCUCCCAGCUGGAUAAACUGGAGGAUGCGCUGGAGCCUUUGCUGGGAAACAUCAGUGAGAUGGCCUCUCAGCUGCCCCUGCUGGAUCGCGCCAAACUAUUCUCUUUGACGGCAUAUGCUAUCGAAUCUUUGCUUUUCUCAUCCAUCAAGGUUCAAGGGGGCGACGCGCAGAAUCACGCAGUGUACGCUGAGCUUAAGCGGAUUCAGCAGUACUUUGCAAAGAUCAAGGCGGCGGAGGAGCCCGAGACAAAGAGGACGCUCACCGUCAACCAGGAGGCAGCCGCGCGCAUUCUCAAGGCCGAUCUGAGCGACAACAAGACGCUGAGCGCGAAGCUGGCGGAAAAGAUUGCCGAGGAACGCGCCAAGGCCCUUCUCAAGGCCGCAGAAAGCAAGAAGCGCAGCGCGGAAGAGGCUGCUCAGCCUGCCAACUCAGAGGCUAACGAGUCACCAAGCCAGAGCAAGAAGGCAAAGACAAAGGGUAAGGGCAAGAACAAGAGCCGGAAAUGAGGUCUAUAGGGACGACGUGCGGCAUCAACUUUCUUUUCAAGAGUUUUUAGCGUGUGCUUGACGGAUAGUGGCGAACACUUG